UUUACAGACUGCCUCUUGACCCACCCUGGACUCGGGGCCAGGAAGGAACUGACACCAUGGAUGAGCAGGGGAAGCCCUUCCCAGCCAGCUACCUGGCUGCCUUUCCUCCCUCCCUCCUUGCCUUCCUCCCUUUCCCUUCUUGGAAUUUGGUCAUUGAUGUGAGCUAACGUGUACCAAGCGGGCCCUGUGGGGAACUGAGGUGCUCAGAUGUACACAGAAAUCCCGAGGCCAGACUCAGGGAACCUGGUGAAGGUGUACAGUGUUACGGAAGUGCAAUAUGCAGGGUUAUCAGGCAGGAAAGCGUUCCCCGCGGGAGCUCCGGGCGGAGGGUCCCUCUAGCUGCUGUCCGCGGAAUGACAAUAAAAUACUCAACUACUGCCGCUGCCCCCUGGUGGCGGCAGGUUGACUUGCUACUCUGGGACCACGUGAUUUCUGGGAAAAGGCUUCCCUCGGAAGAGAAGUGAAACUUAGGGUGGGGACUGUAGAAAGGGGCGGAGAGAUCUCGCGGCCCAGCUGGGAGUGGAGUUGCAGCUUGGAGAUCUUCGGGACAGCCUUGGACGGCAGAUCAGGAUGACGCUGGGCAAGCCGCGAAGCACCCGGAAGCUACGGACUUGGGUGAUAGAGCAGGUAGAGAGUGGGAAUUUCCCAGGUGUGUGCUGGGAUGAUGCAUCCAAGACCAUGUUCCGGAUUCCCUGGAAGCAUGCAGGCAAGCAGGACUUCCGAGAGGACCAGGAUGCCGCCUUCUUCAAAGCCUGGGCCAUCUAUAAGGGCAAGUACAGAGAGGGCGAUCCCAGUGGCCCUGCUGCGUGGAAGACCCGCCUGCGCUGCGCCCUCAACAAGAGCUCUGAAUUUGAGGAGGUUCCCGAGAAAGGCCGGAUGGACGUGGCUGAGCCCUACAAGGUGUACCGGCUGCUGCCACCAGGAACCCCCUCUGCUGCCCAGCCAGGGACCCGGAAGUCACCUUCAAAGCGACAUCACAGUUCUGUGUCCUUUGUGAAAGAGGAAGAUGAGGGUCCCACAAGGAAGUACACCUUCAGUCCUGCCUCGCACCAGAGCUCCCUGGAUGAUUGCUGGGCGCUGUGUGUGCAGGAGGAGACGGGGAACUCCGCGGGAUCAAGCCACUCCAACACUGGGAGCAGCAGCAACAGCCCAGAGCCACAGGAAGGUGUGGAUGUAACUGCAGCUGAAGUCCAAGAGGGUUGGAGGACCUUAGAGCUUCUCCCUCUAAACCCAGCCCAGCCAGAGAUCCAGGAAUUUCCAUCUAAUCAACAUCUCAAUUUUAUGUUAUUUGUGCAAGAAGAUGAGGAUCCCACAAGGAAGUGCAUCCCAAGCCCCACUUCGCACCAGGGCUCCCUGGAUGAUGUGAGAAAUGGCAGCAAACUGGGUGGGGAUGAGAGCAGGACAGUGCCUGGGAGGGCCGGGGGAGGUCAGUGCUGGGCGCUGUGUGUGCAGGAGGAGACGGGGAACUCCGCGGGAUCAAGCCACUCCAACACUGGGAGCAGCAGCAACAGUCCAGAGCCACAGGAAGGUGUGGAUGUAACUGCAGCUGAAGUCCAAGAGGAUUGGGGGCCCUUGGAUUUUCUGCUCCCUCCAGACCUAGACACCUCGCUGCUGCUCACCUUCAUCUACGGUGGACGUGUGGUAGGGGAAGCCCAGGUGCACAGCCUGGACUGCCGCCUCGUUGCCGAGCCCCUGGGCUCCGACAGAAACAUAGAGCAGGUGGUGUUCCCAAAGCCGGACCCGCUGGAGCCUGCCCAACGCCUGCUGAGCAAGCUGGACCGAGGCCUCCUGGUGGCCAGCAACUCCCGGGGCCUCUUUGCUCAGCAGCUCUGCUCCCUCCACAUCUCCUUGCACACACCCCACGCGCUACCUGGGCCAACCCCGCAUCUAUUGCCCAGCCAUGAGUGUGUGGAGCUCUUCAGGACCACCUACUUCUGCAGAGACUUGGCCAGGUACCUCCAGGGCCUGGGCCCCCCACCCAAGUUUCAGGUGACGCUGAAUUUCUGGGAAGAGAGCACUGAUUCCACCCAUAGCCCACAGAGCGUUAUCACAGUGCAGAUGGAGCAGGCCUUCGCCCGGCACUUGCUGGAGACCCCAGAGGAACAGGCGGCCAUUCUGUCCCUGCUGCAUGGGAACCCGGACUCCACCCGUCUCCCUUGAAGCAGACCCAUUGUCCCCACUGUUGAGUGGUGCCUCCUGUUAUGGCCCUUCUCAGAGGUUGUCUGUGCUGGUUAUGCCCUCAAAUUCCUCAGCUUGGCCCAUGGAGAUCUCAAGGAUAAGUUCUGCUUUAUUUUAUCUUUUCAAAAAUGUUGAGAUACACCGUCUCGUCUCUAAGGGACUGGGACAUUCCAAAGUGGUGUGAACUCAGGGCACCUGUCCUCCUUCCCUCAAUCCCCAUACUCUAAUGCCGAGCACUUUACAUUUGUAUAUU